AUGCCUCCAUUAGUGGACAUUGUUUGGGCAUGUGUUUUGGUUUUAGUUUCCCCGAUACUCCUGACCUCUGCUGCAGCACCCGAUGCUUUUGGUAGAUCUUCUCCACGAAGAUUCAUACUGGGCGGCCAAAGACAGAACGCCUCAUUCUCCUUGACCCAGAUACAAAAUCCGAAAUGGAAACCACAGGAAGUAUCCACAACUGCAGUAUACGCUGCAGAGUUCCUGAAGCAUAAAGUGCGUAUGCCCAAAGACCUUCGAAUCGCCUGGGAGGCGCUCAUAUUGCACGAUCAUCAAGGCUCGGACUCAUCGAUCCACCGCCGAGUUGGGGGCCAACUCGUGAGAUACAGUGACGGCCAAUACGUUUUUCCUGUAACAAUCGGAACCCCAAAACAGACCUUGAACUUGAUAUUCGAUACAGCGUCAGGAGACUUUUGGGUAUGGUCCUGGCUAAUGCCGAUAGAUAUGCUUCAAAAUCGCAAAUACUACAACGGCUCGGGCUCGUCGGAUGCUACGCCAUGGGACGGCCAGUCUUGGGGGGCUACUUACGCAGUUGGCAGCAACUACGGCAUAGUUUGGCAGGAUAUCGUCUGGGUAGAUGCCAUUGGAGUAGCUGGCAAUCCGAUAGAGUGUUCUCAAGGUGUCUCGAACUGGUUUGCAUCGCUGCCGGGAGUUGACGGUGUGCUUGGACUGAGCUAUGCGUACAACGACUCGGAGAGGCCAGAGCCCCAACAAACAUGGAUAACGUAUAUCCUACCACUACUUGCUUCGCCCGUGUUUACUGUCUCUCUUGUCCACAAUGGCAUCGGCACCAUCGACUUCGGGUUCAUUGACCAAAAGAAGUUCAUCGGUAAUAUUGCUUAUACGCCUAUCACAAUCAUUCCAGGUGGUGGGGCGUUCUGGGCGUUCAAUUGGACGGGGUUUGCGAUAGGCCCAGACAAAUUCAAUCGUACUAACAUCCAAGUUAUGACAGACACCGGAGGAAACAUUUCCAUGUUCCCCGAGUCCAUUGCAAACCGGUACUAUAAAUUAGUAGCUGGCAGCUAUAAGCAGGGGGAUGGAGCCUGGAUUUUCCCCUGCAAAGCGAAUCUUCCAAAUUUCACCUUCGGAGUUGGGAAUUCUCGAAUUCUGGUAGCCGGGAAAAAUUUCAUAUUGACAAAUCUUCCAGAUGGCAUCAACUGCAUAGGAGGGAUCCAGAGUAGAGAGGAAGAUACAUACGUAUUUCUCUCUAUCCCUUUUAUGCAGUCCAUUUUUGUUGUUCAUGACUACGGAAACAUGAGAAUGGGAUUUGCCAACCGGACGUGGGUGUGA